GGUUCAUGUGUUACUUGGUUGUAAUAAUAAUCGUCCAGCUGUAGCUUCCUUUCGGUGCUUAGCUGCCAUGCCACACAAAGGAGGCACGAGUGCUGGGAUACUGCCAGGUUGCCCAAGCCUAGACAGGAGAAGUCGAGUUCGAACCACGGACCUUCCGGAUGGGGACCGCGUGAUCCUCACUGUGCCUGGUUGGAUACACUACAAGAUAUGGCUGCCAACCGAUGUCAGUGGCGUUCCUGUUGUCAGUUUCUAUCCAUAUUGCCUGAGUGAAUGUCUGGAGGUGCUUUCAAAUAAGUCAUGGUUGUACGGCAGUGAAGCAUUGGUGUUGAACACUGAUGUCAUGCUGUCGUUGAUGAUGAUGAUGAUGUACUACCAAGUUGCCCAAGUCCAGACAGGGGAAGUCGAGAGGCAGAGUUUGGGUUCGAAACACGGACCUUACGAUACAAAAGCUCCGUCAGGCCAAGCUCAGACCAUUUCACUGAUAACUGCAUACCGCCUCGUGUCAUCUCGGUUGAUCCAGAACCGCCCUCUGCACGCUUUCCAGUUCUACGUCUUCUAUAUUAUUCACGCUGGGAUGCUUAGCGAUUUCCACCCCCACGGCCACAACACAGCGACUGGUGGCCAACAUUUAAAUGGACAAGUUGUCCACUGUUCGUAUGCAUCACUGUUUGAGGAAAUGACAUGCAAGCACGUAGAUGCCUUCUUCAUGCAGAAGACUAACAUACUAGCGCAUAACGCUAUCGUGAAUUACCUUACUUUCCCGCGUUCGGAGAAGGGAUUCGCACACAAGGCAUCCAUCGAGUGCGCCGACUGUGCCAAAGCAGGAACCCUACCAGCAUCAGAACAGGCAUUACGACCGCGUUGUCUGCUUGCCUGUACACACUGUAUCCACUUUUCUUGUUGGCACCCAAGACACUUGGAGGUGCAUCGAAAGGAACGCCCUGAACAUGUAAUAUACAUUUGCGUAGAACGCGGCGAGCUGUACUGUGCAUUGUGUUCAGAUUUCGUCUAUCACCCGGUUGCUGAACAAUCUCGCAAGACAGCGCAUCGCAUGUACCUUGCACAUUUUGGGUUAUCUAGUGAAACGUGGAGGCCCUCUUUUGACGAACUCACCCUUCUCCCUCACAUCAGUUCUGUGGUCCCACUUUCCACCAAAGUCGGUGGUCGUCUGUCCCUCAUAAAUUCUCCGCGCUCCGUAAAGCGCUAUAUGCCUACUUCCACGGACGUGCAAAGGCCUACAAUAAACUCUCGCCUGAGCUCACUACGUCAAGUGUGUCUGUUUGUCAAAAUGCCCUUGGGAUAUUCGCUGAUAGACGUUAAGUACGCACACGACGUAGCUCUUCUUGGAUCUGGCGCCAUUGUAAUACAGACAACACUAAAUAAUCUUACUAAUUCCGCCUA